AUGGCGCACAUCGUGCCCAACAUGCUGCUCGCCCGGCUGCGGCAGAUGCCUCUUCUACCACAAGAUCGCGAGCAGCCCGAACCUCAGCCCUCCGACAAGACAGACACCAACGAUGGACUCUACCACCCAACCCCGAUUGACAUUGUCGUCGUGCGCACCAUGCUCACCCGCUCCGUCAAGUUACCGCCCGAUUUGGUCGACGCUAUUUUCGACUAUGCCGAGUACUGGGCUCAUUCUACCAACGUAAUCGACUACCAGGCAGAGCAACAGGAACCUCUACGGAUUAACGGGUCUUCCAUGUCCGAGGAUAAGUUUUUGCUGCGCUCAUACCCCAUCGGCUUGACUGGCAUUGAAGGUCAAGACACCUUGUCCAAAGAGUUGGCCUACGAUACGCGAGAAGCGAUGCCUCGACCCGCAGGGACCGACCAUGAUCAAAAUUACUUUGCCAGAGUGGCUAAAUACCCGACUCCUCGACUGAUACAUCCUGUGCGCAAGGUGGUAUUUAAAAUUAAGAGCCAUGACCAAGGCUGGGGUGGCGAUGCGGAGGCGAAGGGAACAUACAGAGCUUCGUGGACGUGGUUUGAAGCUGGACUGGAAAGAUUCGACGCCGCGCAUAAGUGCGACCCACAAUGCACGCGCGAUGCACGACAAGAAACACCCGGGUCAGAUUCGCCGAGUCUCCCCGUAUGCGCCCUCCGACCAAUCUAUCCAAACAUUGAACAGGUCCAAAAUGACCGCGAAGGUGACGGUGACAACAGCAACAAUGAUUCCGAGAACAAAGAGGCCGAAGAACCAGAGGUCAAAUAUAGAUAUGUUCACCCGCUAGAAGGCCAGGCUGAAUGGGAAAUUCACAGAAACAAGUCGGCAACAAGCGACUGGCAGGAACAUCAUGUUACAUGGUCGUACUUGGACGAUACUAAGGCAGAUUCUGAUGCUGGCAAGGCCCUCGAUGAUGCUGGGCGCGGACGAGCCACGGGCGAUGGGUCGUUUGUUCGCAGCCUACUAUUGGGCGACGUCAUUACCGUCUGGGGCAAGGCCCGAUUUGGAGGGUGGGUGAAUAAUGUGGACAAUGUGAAGAUUGAAGUAUUUUGGGCGGUUUAA